AUCGAAAUCCCUUCAGGUGGCGCUGAUGCAUGUGAUGUGGCAACCCGCAGGAUAGGAUUUUGUGUUUUGUGUUUUCUCUGAUUUUUCCAGUUUUUCGCAUUUUCCCGCAGCAAAAUGUCCACAAAAACCUCAACAAUUGAGCGAAAUAGCAGUGCCCGUGCCCGGGAGGUCAAAUCCGUGUUGUCCAAGGCACUGACAAAGAGUGAAUGGAGUGAUAAGGAUGAAUUUCUCGAUGUGGUAUACUGGGCGAGACAAGUUGUGGGAAUUCUGAUUGGCGUAGCUUGGGGUAUUGUGCCCCUGAAGGGAUUUAUCGCCCUUUUUCUGUUUGUGGCUAUUAAUUGUGGUAUAGUGUAUCUGUACUGCAUAAACUUCCAAGGAGUGGAUGAAGAAGCUUAUGGAGGAGUGUGGGAGCUGAUGAAAGAAGGAUUUAUGACAUCUUUUGCAUGCUUCCUUGUAACCUGGAUUAUCUUCUACACGGGAUUGCAUUUCGACAGCCUCGUCAGGGAGUAGCUGGCGGGGCUUGGAGCUAUUAGGAUAGAACAUGCAAUGGAUCAAAGACAUUUCAGUUAAGGAAUAUACUGUGUAAAUACCAUUUAUAGAAGAUAAUUUAUUGCAAUUAUUGACUGAUUAAAGGAGAUGUCGGAAAA